AUGAAAGGAGAGAAGUUGUUCAUGUCCAUGAUACUAAUGUCAGUGCUGAGUUUACUGACACUGCAGACAUCGUAUGGAGAGCACUUGGCAGAGGAGUCCUGCACUGUUCAGAUCCUGGUCCCUGGACUCAAAGGAGAACCAGGAGAGAAAGGACAAAAAGGAGCGCCGGGGAGACCUGGAAGAGUUGGCCCUCCUGGAGAGAUUGGUAAACCUGGGCUUAAAGGUCAGAAAGGCAUAGCGGGACGUUAUGGAAAAGUGGGCCCAAGCGGAAUGAAAGGGGUGAAGGGAGACAUGGGGGACCCAGGUCCAAGGGGUCCUAAUGGAGAUCCAGGUGUUCCAUGUGAGUGCACACCAAUGAGAAAGAUGAUUGGAGAAAUGGACAUUCUUGUGGCCCAGCUCUCCUCUGAGCUGAAAUUCAUUAAAAAUGCUGUUGCUGGCAUAAAAGAGACAGACAGUAAGGUCUAUCUGUUGGUGAAGGAGGAGAAGCGCUACUCCGACGCGGAGGUGUACUGUCAGACGAGGGGAGGGCACCUGGCCAUGCCCAAGGAUGAGGGAGCCAACACGGCCAUCGCGGGGUACAUAACCGAAGCAGGCCUGAGCAGAGUCUACAUCGGCGUGAACGACCUGCACCGCGAGGGCGUUUUCACCUACGUGGAUCUCUCUCCCAUGACCACUUUCAGCAAGUGGAGAAAAGGAGAGCCCAACAACGCCUACGAUGAUGAGGACUGUGCUGAGAUGGUGGCCUCCGGGGAGUGGACGGAUGUGGCGUGCCACCCUACCAUGUACUUUGUUUGUGAAUUUGACAAAGACGGUGUCUGA